AUGGCAAGCGUGUCCACGCUCCUGUUCGUGGCCGUUCUACCUCCGCUGGCCGUGCUCCUGAUCACCGUGGCCGGCCGCGCCGCCGUGCGCGGGGUGGGCGCGCUGGCGCGCGCGCACUUCGCGUGGCCGGCGGGGUCGCCGUUCAUGCACGUGGAUCAGGCGCUGCGGAAGGGCGGCAGGUGGGCGGCGCUGGGGCAGCGUGACCACGAGCUGCGCGUGACGCUGCAUCGCCGGAGGAAGAACCAAGGCGGCGGAGUGGAUGAGCCGGCGGUGGAGUGCGUGUUCUGCCUGAGCGGCGUGGAGGAGGGGGAGGAGGUGCGGGAGCUGCGGUGCCGGCACGUGUUCCACAGGGCGUGCCUGGACCGGUGGCUGGCGACGCCGCCCGCCACGUGCCCGCUCUGCCGCUCCCGCCUCCUGACGACGCCGCCGCGCGCCGGCGAGGAGGAGGAGGAGCUGGACCUGGACUCCGACCUGGUGCUGCUCAUGGCGUACGUGCACGGCGGCGGCAGCAACUGGUUCUGGUCGCCAUGAUCCAUGCCCCAUAUCGUCGUUUCUGUACAGCGAGCUAGCGUACGUGCACUGGUACGCCGUACACGUACGUACGGCGGUCCGCACGUCGUCUCGGCAGUUUUUUGUUAUUGUUUUCUGAGCUUGAUGGAGCCAUUUCUAGUUUAUUUCUUUUCUUUUUUGGCGGGAUUGUGUACGGAGGAUUGUGGAUGGCAUGGGAGCUCCGAGCUCAGCUUAUUUUUG